CCAAAAGCCAGAUUGAAGGCAUGCUUAGGUGGUUAAAGUUCCAAUUAUGACCGAGCAAGCAAGAGCCCAAGGCCCUGAGGCAAGCCUUAGUAGUGGUAUGACAGAAAAGAUCCUGUACUGCAGGAAGGUGAGAAUGGGUUUUGAGUGUGAGCCUGACAUCUAGCAUCCCAUGAACUUUACUUUCUGCUGUAUCCUGUGUUACUGUCCUAGGCAUAACCCAGUAACAGUGCUGUCAUGUGACUUUAGCAAGUUCUAUCUUAGGGGCUCCAGAGUUCAUUCUAGGUAGCUGAGAGAAAAAUCCCUGAACCCAUGAUUUCACGUAGUGUUGAUGAUAAUGGGCCUGCUUGGCUGGGGGCCUGGGCUCAUUCCAUUCCCAUCUGCACACUCAAUUCCCCGGGGCUCCAAUACUCCACAUUCUGUUCCCACCUUCUGUGAGCAGCGGUACACCGUCUCCCCUUCCCCAGAGGAUUUCACUAUGGCACUCCAGCUCCCCAAGGUUUAGGGCAGGGGGAGCAGCUGGUCCUGACAAAGGGAGGGCCCAGGGCGGGGUUUUGAGUGGAUAGGAAACACGAUGCUGGGUGCAGUCAGGGGAGGAGACAGCACGAGUCCAGACCUCCAGUCCUGCCUUCAGAAGUGGGUGCUACCAUGGACCCCCUUCCGCCGCAACCCAACUGGACAGAGAUCGUGAACAAGAAGCUCAAGUUUCCCCCCCAACUCCUAGGUGCCAUCCAGGAGGGGCGUCUGGGGCUUGUGCAGCAGCUGCUGGAGUCGGGGGUAGAGGCCACAGGUGGGGGGCCGGGCGGGCCGCUGCGGAACGUGGAGGAGGCUGAGGACCGCUCCUGGAGAGAAGCCCUCAACCUGGCCAUCCGCCUGGGCCACGAGGCCAUCACCGAUGUGCUGCUGGCCAAUAUCAAGUUUGACUUCAGACAGAUCCACGAAGCCCUGCUGGUGGCCGUGGACACCAACCAGCCCGCGGUGGUGCGGCGCCUGCUGGCCCGGCUGGAACGGGAGAAGGGCCGCAAAGUGGACACCAAGUCUUUCUCGCUAGCUUUCUUUGACUCCUCAAUCGAUGGCUCCCGCUUUGCGCCGGGUGUGACGCCGCUCACCUUGGCCUGCCAGAAGGACCUGUAUGAGAUCGCACAGCUGCUCAUGGACCAGGGCCACACCAUUGCCCGGCCCCACCCCAUCUCCUGUGCCUGCCUCGAGUGCAGCAACGCCCGCCGCUAUGACUUGCUCAAGUUCUCCCUGUCCCGCAUCAACACCUACCGCGGCAUUGCCAGCAGGGCCCACCUGUCGCUGGCCAGUGAGGACGCCAUGCUGGCUGCCUUCCAGCUCAGCCGGGAGCUCAGGCGCCUGGCACGCAAGGAGCCUGAGUUUAAGCCUGAGUACAUUGCCCUGGAGUCACUGAGCCAGGACUACGGCUUUGAGCUACUGGGCAUGUGCCGGAACCAGAGUGAGGUCACUGCAGUGCUCAACGACCUGGGAGAGGACAUCGAGACAGAGCCUGAGGCCGAGGGCCUGGCCCAGGCCUUUGAGGAAGGCAUCCCCAACCUGGCGAGGCUACGGCUGGCUGUGAACUACAACCAGAAGCGGUUUGUAGCACACCCUAUCUGCCAGCAAGUCCUGUCCUCCAUCUGGUGUGGGAACCUGGCUGGCUGGCGUGGAAGCACCACCAUCUGGAAGCUGUUCAUCGCCUUCCUCAUCUUCCUCACCAUGCCCUUCCUCUGCAUUGGCUACUGGCUGGCACCCAAGUCUCGGCUGGGCCGCCUGCUGAAGAUCCCCGUGCUGAAGUUCUUGCUGCACUCAGCCUCCUACCUGUGGUUCCUCAUCUUCCUGCUGGGAGAGUCCCUGGCCAUGGAGACGCAGCUGAGCACCUUCCGAGGCCGCAGCCAGAGUGUCUGGGAGACUUCACUACACAUGAUUUGGGUCGCAGGCUUCCUGUGGUUUGAGUGUAAGGAAGUGUGGAUCGAGGGCCUGCGCAGCUACCUGCUGGACUGGUGGAACUUCCUGGAUGUGGUCAUCCUGUCUCUGUACCUGGCGGCCUUCGCACUGCGCAUCCUCCUGGCGGGGCUUGCCUUCCUGCAUUGCCGGGAUGCCUCUGAUGGCCCCACCUGUCACUAUUUCACCACGGCUGAGCGAAGCGAGUGGCGCACAGAGGAUCCCCAGUUCUUGGCCGAGGUGCUCUUUGCCGUCACCAGCAUGCUCAGCUUUACCCGCCUGGCCUACAUCCUGCCAGCCCACGAGUCCCUGGGCACGCUGCAGAUUUCCAUUGGCAGGAUGAUCGAUGACAUGAUCCGGUUCAUGUUCAUCCUCAUGAUCAUCCUGACUGCCUUCCUCUGUGGCCUCAACAACAUCUACGUGCCUUACCAGGAGACAGAGCGGCUGGGCAAUUUCAACGAGACAUUCCAGUUUCUGUUCUGGACCAUGUUUGGCAUGGAGGAACACAGCGUGGUCGACAUGCCUCAGUUUCUGGUGCCUGAAUUUGUGGGCCGAGCCCUCUACGGCAUCUUCACCAUCGUCAUGGUCAUUGUGCUGCUCAACAUGCUCAUUGCCAUGAUCACCAACUCCUUCCAGAAGAUCGAGGACGAUGCUGAUGUGGAAUGGAAGUUUGCUCGCUCCAAGCUCUACUUGUCCUACUUCCGAGAGGGUCUGACACUGCCUGUGCCCUUCAACAUCCUGCCCUCUCCCAAGGCCUUCUUCUACUUUCUCAGGAGAAUAUUCCAGAUCAUUUGCUGUUGCUGUUGCUGCUGCAAAACCAAGAAGCCAGCCUACCCCCCCACCCCCACCUUUGCCAACCCUGGGGCCGGGGCAGGGAUCGGGGUGGGGCCUGGGAAGGGUGAGCGAGGCUCCUACCGUCUCCGCGUCAUCAAGGCCCUGGUGCAGCGCUACAUAGAAACUGCCCGACGGGAGUUCGAGGAGACCCGCCGCAAAGACCUGGGCAACAGACUCACAGAGCUGACCAAGACUGUAUCUCGCCUCCAAAGCGAGGUGGCCGGCGUGCAGCGGACCCUGGCGACGGGAGGGACACCCCGGCCCCCCGACGGCGCCAGCAUCCUCAGCCGCUACAUCACGCGUGUGCGCAACAGCUUCCAGAACCUGGGCCCCUCCAUUCUGGAGAGCCCAGAGCUGGCUGUGCCAGGGGUUAUGGAGACACAGGACUCCCUGGAAGCUGGGCUCCGGGCGGGACUUCCGGCAGAGGCUGGGACUCCAGCUUCCGAGGAGGGCGUGCCUUCUUCCCCCAAUCAUGUGCUGGUGCACGAGUGCGUGCCUUCUUCCCCUGUGCGCGUGCUGGUGCACAGAGAGCAAGAGGGAGAGGGGCCCGGGGACGUGCCCCCACCCUGAGGAGGAGGUGAAGACCCGGGAGGGUCCUAAUGCCUUGGAAGGUUCCCUUCUGUCACUAUUCAGCUUAGUUGGGGUGGGGGGUGUGAUGAGGGCCACUCAGUAGAAACUUCUAUGGAAUCCCUUGUCUUAAUAAAGUCACUGCAUAUGCAUGUUAGA